AUGAAAUAGAAUGAUGUUUUUACAAAACGAGAAACUCUACGACCAAUCAAUACAUUGACCUGUUUUGAUUCUGCUCAUUCGAAUUCUCUAUACAUUAUAAAAAUGAAGGAGUUGACAGGAAUCUAUAAAUAAGAAAGUGAAUUGUUGUAGGAUGAUCUUUCUCACAUGAAUCAAUUAAUUAAUUCAUAGAGCCAGGACAUUCAAAAUGAAAUUGAACCUCAAAUCUUUUAACUCAAAUAAAUGCUGUAAAAUCAGGUUGUUGAAUACAAUAAUGAAAUGGAGGAUCAGAUUGUGUAAUUGGAAAACAUCAGAAAUGAUAAUUUAGAUUUAGAAAAAGAAAUAUACAAAUUGCAAUAACGGUUGACUUAAUUGGAUGAUCAUAUUGGAUAAUAAGUGCUAUAAAGAAAGUACGAUAUCAAAUUUUCAUGA